AUGGACAGUAGUGAUGAAGAUGGAGGUAAUGAAGAAUUAAGGUCUAAGUUUAUGCUUCCUAAAAAUACUGGCAAUUAAUCUCGCGUUGGGCCCUAGUAUUAAGCACUCGAGAUACCCAAUCUAUAAACUUCUAAUAUAAUGAUUGGUAAAAAUAGUCUGAGUAGCACUAAUUGUUAAAAUAAUUAAGCUAACUCCAUAUAACAAGUAAGGCCGCAUUAGAACAGCAAUAACGAGGAAGAGAAGUAUUAGUAGUUGUAUUUAAAGCCAAAGUCUGAAACUAAAACAAAAGUUGGGCCACAGUACCAGGCUGACAUUCCGCUGCCAAUAAAGUAAUAGAAGAAUACUCAAAGUGAGAGUUUAUAGCAAGAUAUUCAACUACCCACUAAAAGUAUGUAUAGUCUAUUGUAAAUAUUAUCAGGAUUAAGAGAUAAUGAAUUAGAGUAGGAGUCUGUUGAACCUUUACAGAAAAAGCCAAAAUUUGAUGAUUGA